GUUGCGAGCACCUAAGUCUAUAAUAAAUUUAUUUAGAGAUAUUAGAUCAGCAUUUUCUUCUUUAGAUUAUAAUAUAUCACCAAAAAGUACAAUAGACAAGCUCAAGCAGCACAAAUGGCGUAAAUUUGACAUACAGUGGGCAAUUUACUUCCUUAUUGCUUUACCUAGCUUUAUAAUGAUGUCAAUCCCAAUUCCAGUUAUAAAAUGGCUCAUCCCGUUGACUUACUUCGGUUUAAUCGCAACCCCUGUAACUUCUCAAUUCUUCUUCCCUGCUACGCCGAUUUUGGUAUGGCUAUUGACAUUCUUCUGCGCCAGGUUUAUUCCUACACCUGUUAGGCCGACUAUCAACGUUACAAUAUUACCAACUUUAGAAUCCGUCUGGUAUGGUGCUAACAUCAGUAACCUUGUCACAACGCACAGACACUGGAUAUUGGACGUUAUUGCAUGGUUCCCUUACGGUUUGGUACACUAUGUUGUCCCAUUCGUCAUUGCCGCUAUCGCAUGGGUUUACGCUCCUGCUAAGGGUGCGGCCAACAGAAAUGGACACAAACCAUAUUCUGCAUUGCAAUUCUGGGGAUUAGUUUUCGGAAUUAUGAAUAUCAUCGGUGUUAUCGUGCAAGUUAGCUUCCCCUGUGCACCUCCAUGGUAUGAACUAUUAUAUGGGUUGUUACCUGCAGAUUAUUCAAUUCCAGGUAGUCCAGCAGGAUUGGCCAGAAUUGAUGAGUUGAUGCACUCACAUUCUUAUUCGUCUGCGUUUGGUGCAUCCCCAUUGGUUUUCGGUGCUUUCCCUUCACUUCAUGCAGGAUCGGCAACGGUAGAAGCAUUAUUUAUGUCGCACUUCUUCCCUAAAUUCAAAGCGUUUUAUUGGGCAUACGUUGGUUGGUUAUAUUGGGCAACUAUGUACCUCAGUCAUCAUUACUUAGUUGAUGCAGUUGCUGGUGCAUGUUUAGCAACCGCAUGUUUUUAUAUAUUACUUCCUGAACAUUUAAGAGAUCCACAGGGAUUACCUUCAAAUGCAGAUAUUGGUAAAGAAAAGAUAUUACCAAUGUCAAGUGUCAGAAGUUCAAAUAUUGGACAUAGACGUAUUUGGUCUGCAGCUGCAGAUUCAGAAUUUGCAUUAGACGAUUUACCUUCACAACUUGAUAGCCCACUCGAUGGACAAAAUCAAUCACAUCUUAAUCUUCUUCCAGAUUCAGAAUCUAGAUCAAGUUCUAUCUCUCAUGCAAAUUCAGCCGUCCAUUCACGGUCACAAACCCCUAACAAGCAACCUAAUCAAGCACCUCGGAUAUCAUCUUCCGAAAAUCAUCAAGAACAUCCAGAAGAAGAAAUUUUGUUUGAUAACGAACAAAAUUCUCCUUCAACUUCAAGUCAUACAUCUAGGAUCGAAAAGCAUGUACUUUAAUUAUAAUACCC